AUGGCGCGCAAAAAGGCCGAUGGUCCGGAUCCCCGGACCCAGAAGCAGGCCUACAAGGCGCAGAAGAAGCGUGAGCGCCGCUCGCUCAAAAUUAUCGAUGCGCCGGAGCGCACACCGCGAAAGCGGCGCAUCCGCAACCGGGACCCAUCUGAGAAGCAGGUCCCAAGCACCAUCGAGUCGAUGCGCCGCUUCGACGAGACGCUGGUGCGCCCAGACGACGCGGAGGUUGCUGCAGAAGAGCGUAUCGACGAGUUUGCGGCCCACUUCCGAGGGGAGACUGAGCCCAAACUCUACCUUACAACCUCCAGACGCCCGAGCGAGAAGAUGCGCAGGUUCAUCAAGGAGCUACUGCUGAUACUGCCGAACAUCUACUACUUUCCACGUGAUGAAUACAAGCUCGAGCAGAUGGUAAAAGAAGCCUCUGGCGCCGGCUUCACGGCGAUGCUGCUGGUGACCCAGGGGCUCCACAAGCUCCCCAAUGGACUAUACAUAUGCUCAUUGCCAGCCGGACCGACUACAUUUUACCGCCUCACCAGCCUGGUGCUCGCCAGCGACAUGAAGGGGUCCGGCAAUUUCACUGAAAGCAAGUCGGAGAUCAUCCUCAACAAUUUCAACACCCGAAUUGGCCGUCGAAUCGGUCGACAAAUCGCAUCGUUAUUCCCGCUGGACCCGGAGUUUGAGGCGCGGCGGGUCAUCACCUGGCACAACCAGCGUGACAUGAUCUUCUUCCGCCACCACAGAUAUGUCUUCCGGAACGAGAAAAAAUGCUCGCUCAUGGAAAUCGGUCCACGAUUCACUCUGAAGAUGCACUCCGUUCAGGGCACCAUGGACCUAGAGAAGGGCCUCUUUGAGUUCGUGUGGAGGCCCGAUCUGCAGGUCGAUCGCAAGACGUUCUUCGUCUGA